GGACUCUGUCCUAAGAUUCUUUAAAAUAUCCGAGUGUCUGAAUAAGACCGAUAUUCUUCAGAAAACGUGAAAUCCAAUGUUGGGGAAUAAGCAGCUUCUAUCGAAAGAUUUGCACUUUAAAAGAGGAAACACCAGUAUCUGGUCUUCAUCAUUAGCGAUUGAAGGAAUCAGUGAAGGAGUGAUUCCGUGUUAACACUAUUUCCCUACUGGAAUAGAUAUUUCUCUGCUCAGUACAGAACAGCACUGAAACGUUUUCAUCUGCAGUGUAAUUUCGACUUACAGGAGCGCCAGCCGCCGGCCGAACAUUGACGAACAAAGCAAAGGUUUUAAAACCACAGUCGCAUUAGAGCUAUCGAAUUCUAGGGCCGGCGUCGCAUGGAAAUGGAAAAUACUUCACAAUCACUUUGGGACUAUUUAAAGCCUACACUUGUCAUUGGCGCGUUAGCUGCGGCAAUCUUCCUGUUUGGUUCCAAUAUCUGGAGUGGAGGACUCAGCUACGAAAAAAGAAUGCUUUUUCGUCACAUUGUCCAAGAAAGUAACAGAAUAGAACAACAUACAUUGACUCACAGAAAGAACCUUCGGCUGGUUACUUAUAACUUAUGGUGUGACUUUUUAAAACCUCACACAAUUUUGAGUCUUGAAGAAAGAAUUGAAUGUCUUGCAGAAGGAAUAAAUGAUUUUGACAUUGUACUCAUUCAAGAGGCGUACGUUUUGAACGCUGGAGUCGCAGUAAUCACAAAAUGUGCUACAUUAAUGGUUGCUGCCAUGACGAAACGUGGAUUUCGAUACAGAACGUCAAUAGCAGAUUUUACCGCACCAUAUGUAGGGCAGAGUGGUGGUAUUGUUAUAUUUAGUCGUAUACCUCUAGUAAAUACCACAUCAAGAAGUUAUCUCAACUACUCCAUCCUACAAGUUACUGAUUAUAGGGGUUUUGUUGUUGGAGAGUUCUCAGUCAAUUCCCAACGCCUUUAUGUCAUUAAUACACACUUAGAUCCCCAUGGAGUUAAUGCCAGGCUCUCACAAGCAAGGGAACUCGCCGCUGCCCUACAGGAAUUUAAUUCAGAUUCACACUUUAUUGUGGCUGGAGAUUUUAAUAUUGACAACCACCAUCCGACUACAAGUGAAAAAAGCGAUGAAUAUCAACAGCUUUUGAAAAUAAUGCGUCAAGUUGGACUUCAGUCUGUUUUUCCAGAGAGAAUGGAAACCAACCAAGAUGGUGGUAACUACGAUGCGAUUUUCAUCAGCUCUAAAGUUUCAGUGGUGAGAAAAGAGAUUAUAAAGUUAGAAACAAGGAAAAAUGAAUCUGUGUCCGAUCACUUUGGACUCACAAUUGAAUUAGAGCUAUAAUAACUUAUGCAGGGAAACAGGUGACAUUAUCGGCCAUAAACAAGCAAAAUUUACUCUCCUAACCAGCAAAAAUAUGACGUGUAACCAGAAAUAAAUUGACUAACCAGCUCCAAUA